CUUUCUUCCUCCUCCUCCUCUCGGCUUUUCCUUCUGCUAACACACAGCUCCUAGGCAGCCAUUCUGUCGACCUCCACUGUUGCACUGUAUAGCUUGUCUAGCACGUUCUCGCUCCAUCGCUGUUCCAUGGCUCUCUCUUCCUAGCAGGCCGGUAACAAUGCCUUUGCCAACGAUGCUGGUACUACUUUGUGAAGGUCUGGGACUUCGUAUGGUCUUGAAUUAAAUGUGGUAGUGCCGAUAGCUUGUCAAGAAAGAUAUGACGGAUGUAGAGGUGCGCAUAUUCUCUACAAGUUUGAUCCUGACCUCAUCUGCUGUUCUGUCUUGGCAAUUCAUGCUACGCAUGGUCCAGUCAGCGUCACAAUUUUCGAGUGCACCAUGCGCCAUACGUUAUGGCCGGAAGGUGCAUGUUAAUUUUCCUGUAUACAAUACCCAUGCACUCACCCAAUUCCUCAUAGUCUGCCCCAGCCUAAUCUCCGCAGAGUGGGGUGCUAGUAUAGACGAUGAUUUUCACCCAUGGGUGAACGGGCAGGACCGUGAUGUGUAUUGCAUGCUAGUUAUUAUUCUAUACUACCCUGUAUUAUCUGCAUGCUAAAUAGAACGAAUUUUAAUUUUCCACUGCCUGAUUCAGACCCGGAAUUGAUAUGAAAUUAAGUGGUGUAGCGGCAUGGAACAGUCCGAACAGACAUGGCACACAACUGCAUGGUUAAGU